GAUGUGGCCUUCACUUCAACUAAUAUUCUACUCUUCAUGUAUUAAAUACACCUACUAAAUAACACAAAUACCCUCUUAUCUACUCUGUACAGAUAUUCUCUACCUGCACUUCUCUACUUAUUUACUUGCAUCUCUUUACAUUUUACACCCAGUUGGAUUUUCCAUGUGAAGCGACCUAAAAGCCAACUAAACUCGAGAGAGAGAGAGAGAGAGAGGGAAUUAUAGUUGCUUGUGGACUUUGGUCAUAAAUAAGGGGAAAAGAGAGAGAGAGUCUGAGAGAGAGAGAGAGAGAGGGAGAGGGAGAUAGAGGGAGGGAGAGACAUACAAGUAAAGUUUUAGUUUUCUUAGAUAGAUUCAUCCACUCUAUCUCUCUAAAACACCCAUUGCUUCUGUCAUGUAGAGAAUUCAAGAACUUGGGAUUUCUAUAUAGAUCUGUCUCAGCUUAUAUCUGGAUAUUUAUCUUUUUGGACUUUGCUAGUUGCUCCUUUACUCUUUAGGAAUUUACAUUACUGAACGGAUUUGCUUGCUUUCUGCAUCGUCAUAUUUGCGCCCUUUCGAGAUCUAUCCGGUGCCUUUCUUUCAUCUGUUUUGUUUGCUAUGGGAACUUUAGCACUUGAAGUCGAGACGUUAGCCUCUGAUAUGUGCCUAGGUUUGGGGCUUCAAGAUCUAGGCAAGCGAAGUCCUAGAAAUCCCAGAGUACUUUCUCUUCUCUCUUCGUAUCUCGAGAAAUCUGUUCAAAGCAAUGAAAAGUUGAUGGAGAACACACAAAUUAAAGAUGCCGUCACAAUAUUUCAUGGUUCAAAAGCACCUGCUUUGGGAAUUCAGCAGUAUAUUAAUCGAAUAUUCAAGUAUUCAUGUUGUAGCCCAUCUUGCUUUGUUGUUGCUCAAGUUUAUGUAGAUAGAUUCGUUCAGCGCACCAACGUGCCGUUAACUUCCCUAAAUGUUCACCGGCUUCUAAUCACAAGUGUAAUGGUGGCAGCAAAGUUUAUAGAUGAUGCGUUCUUCAAUAAUGCAUACUAUGCCAAAGUGGGAGGAGUAAGCACUGCGGAGAUUAACAAGUUGGAGAUGAGGUUUUUGUUUGCUCUGGAUUUCCGGCUAAACGUUAGUCUUCAAACUUUUGGGACAUACUGUUCUCAGCUGGAAAAGGAAGUUUCUGCUGUGCCUCCCAUAGAGCGUCCCAUACGCAUAUGUGGAAUCAAGGAUUGCUGGCAAAACAAUGAAGACUCAGUUUGUUCACAAACAAUUGCCCGUUAAAGAUUCAAAUGUAAUUGAAGAAAACCAUCAGUCUGCUAUCUGCUACAGUAAUACCUAAUUUCAUACCAAAGGACAGCUUGUGCCGGAGCCAAAUACCCGGCAAAGGGAAAAUGCUGAUGGUUUUUUAGGAUUUCUAUUCAGUAUCCUCGCCAGAGGUUGUCAAUCUGUAGGUUAGAUAUGUUUCAAUUUUUGGUUUUCCGGAGAGUUUGAUGUUUGUACAUAUAUUUCCAACUAUGCUACAGAAACUGGCGGUUUGAAUGA